AUGUGUACAAAUAACUCUACACCUUCAUAUACAACACAAUAUUCCACUUCAUCAAUGGAUUCAAAUUCAAAUGAUAGUGAAGGAUGUUCAUUGGAGAAUACAAUUGAAUAUGGUCCAAUAAAAAUUCGUCAAAUUCGAAAACCAGCUCCAACAAUUGCAACUGGUCGUCGACCAAAAAGUCUUGUUCUUACUGGUGAUGAAGCUAUUAAACGUGAACAAAGACGUGAGAAAAAUCGUGAAGCAGCAAGAAAAUUAAAAGAACGACGAAAAUUAAUUGAAAAAGAACUUGAUCAACAAUUAAGGGAUCUCGAAGGUGAACAUUCAAGUUUACAAAAUUAUCUUCAACAACUUCGAGACAGAAAACAAACUUUACAAACUGCAGUUA